UUCAUGAAUCACUCUGCUGUGAAGCCAUAACAAUGAAGUUGAUCAGAGGUUGUCUCCUGGCAUUGGCCCUUCUUGGCUGUCUGGCUGAUGCUCAGUAUUUCAAGCCGCAGCAGCCCCAGUCGCCCCAGCAGCCCCAGCAGCCCCACAAGCCCCAGCAGCCCCACAAGCCCCAGGCUCCAAGAUAUACACCACCACCACAUCCACCCCCAAAGCACCAGACUCAGCUGCCUAAGGAGCCCCACCAGACUAAGCAUCCCCAGCAGACUAAGCACCAAGAAGUAUUUCACUCUUGUGAUGUGGUUGGACAAGGCAAGAUACAAUGUGGGGCUUCCAGCAUUUCUGGCCAAGAGUGUGAAGCUAUAAACUGCUGCUUCGACGGACGCAGCUGCUAUUAUGGCAAAAGUGUGACUCUUCAGGCCACCAAAGAUGCCAUGAUUAUUUUGGUGGUGGCCAGAGAUGCCACCCUUCCCAACCUCGACUUGGAAACAAUUAGUUUCCUUGAAAAUGGUCCAAGCUGCAGCCCGAUUGAUACCACUUCAGAUUUUGCCAUCUACCAGUUCCCUGUCACAGACUGUGGUACAAUCAUGACAGAGGAGCCUGGUAUUAUCAUCUAUGAGAACAGGAUGGUCGCGUCAUAUGAAGUCGGUGUUGGAACCAGAGGAAUUAUUACCAGAGACAGCAGAUAUGAGCUACUUAUCCAGUGUAGAUAUAUUGGAACCUCAAUUGAGGUUCUGGUCAUUGAGGUUGGCCUGGUUCCUCCACCAUUUCCAGUUGCAGCUCCUGGACCCCUGUUUGUGAUGCUCAAGCUGGGCAAUGGACAAUGUUUUAACAAGGGCUGUGUGGAAGAGGAGGUGGCCUACUCCUCUUUUUACGUGGAUAGCGACUACCCCAUUGUAAAGGUGCUUCAGGAUCCUGUGUACGUUGACAUCUGCAUUCAGGAGAGCACUGAUCCCAACCUGGUCUUGACUCUUGGAAGGUGCUGGGCAACCAGUGAUCCCUAUCCUCACAGUCUUCCUCAGUGGGACUUGCUGAUUGAUGGCUGCCCCUACCACGAUGAUCGUUACCAGACCGCCCUAGUGCCAGUGGGUGCCUCACCGGAAGUCCCUUUUCCAACCCACCGCAGGCGUUUUAUUUUCAAGAUGUUCACUUUUACAGAUGUUGGUGCUUCCAAUCCCGGCAAACAAGUAGCUGCAUAUCCAGGGAAAGUUGUUCCUCUCAAGGAAAAGGUGUAUAUACACUGUGAUACAGCUGUGUGCCAACCCUUUCCUGGAAAUAAUUGUGAACCUAGGUGUUUCAGAAAGAGGAGAGACCUUUCUACUGUCUACAAGAGCAGGGAGGACACCCCUGUGGUUUCAAGCCUGGAGAUUCGAUUCAUUCAAUCUCCUCUGCAACAACAUGCAGACAGAACUUUAUUGUCAUGAAAUCUCUGUACCCAAUGCUUUGUGGAAAGUGACUGAGUUUCAAAUAAAGCUUCAUGUUGCUGAA